AUGAGGUUGGGCUCAUGGGAGCAGUGCGGGGAGACCGGCCUGGUCCUGCUGGGCUUCCUGACGCUGGUGGUCUCCAUGGGGAAUCUGUCCACCAGGGGGCUGCAGGAGGACGGCGUGGCGUCCAACAGUCUGGAGGAGGAGCUGGAAGUGAUGACGUACUGGUGGGGCGAGUGGGCCAAGUGGACAGCCUGCACCCGCACCUGCGGAGGGGGGGUGAUGUCACAGGAGAGACACUGUCUGAAGCAGAGAAAGAAAGUUGCGGCUGGGAAGGACAACAUGACCUGUACGGGCACCGCAAAGAAAUACCACCUGUGCAACACCAAGGAAUGUCCCACCACCGGGCGGAGCUUCAGAGAGGAGCAGUGCUGGUCCUUCAACUCCCAGCUUUACAAUGGGAGGAACUACCAGUGGAAACCCCUGUAUCCCGACGACUACGUGCACAUCUCCAGUAACCCCUGCGACCUGCACUGCACCACGGCCGACGGCCAGCGGCAGCUCAUGGUGACGGCACGCGACGGCACUUCCUGCAAGUACAGCAGCUACCGCGGGGUGUGUGUGGACGGUAAGUGUGAGCCAAUCGGAUGCGACGGCGUUCUCUUCUCCUCCAACACGCUGGAUAAGUGCGGGGUUUGUCAGGGCGACGGCAGCAGCUGCAGCAGAGUCACCGGGAACUUCCGGCGCGGGGCCACGACUCUGGGUUACUCCUUUAUCACUCAAAUCCCCGAGGGAUCGUGGGACAUCCAGGUCAUCGAGAGGAAGAAGUCUGCUGAUGUUCUAGCUGUGACCGACCAGGCGGGAAACUUCUUUUUCAACGGGGCCUAUAAGGUGGACAGUCCGCAGAACUUCCACGCCGCAGGCACCGUCUUCAAGUACCGACGGCCCAUGGAUGUGUACGAGACCGGGAUCGAGUACAUCGUAGCCAAAGGCCCCAUCGACCAAGCCAUCAAUAUUCUAGUUUGGAACCAGAACGGCCGGAUCCCGUACAUCACCUAUGAAUACACCGUCCUGCGAGAGUCCCUGCCCCCCGUCCCGCCUCCCCCCAUCUACACCGGCUCCGACACCUCGGCCGGGGCGGUCUCUGUGGAGAUGGGGGGUCUGCUGGCCCCCAACGGCAGCGACUAUGACAAGACGGCACCCAACGGCCAGCAGGGCCGGGUCCUGCUGGACCCGGGGGUCCCGGGAGGCGCCGAGGGGCAGAACGGCCAGGAGACCAACGAGGUGUACGAGGAGACGGCGGCCAUCGACUGUGACCAGGACGGAGCGGCAGCACCACAGUUUACAGGUAGAGGAAACAGCAGCCAUACUGGCGGCGGCGGGGUCCCUGCCCCUCCCAGCGGUCCCCUGGAGGCGGGGCCAGACUCCCAGAACCUCAUCUGGAGGGUCCUGCUGGGCGAGCGGAUCGGCCCGGACGAGCUGCUCAUCAACAUCUCCACCAAUCAGCUGCUGUCGGAGGGGGGCGGGCUCUUCUCGUCGGAGGUGGGCCUGAGCAGCAUGGAGCAGGCCGAGCCGUUCCCGCUCAACGCCACGCUGGAGUUCACGCUCGGACGCAAACGCAACGACAGCGGGGACGGUUUGUUCCAGAACCGGACGGCUGUGAGCGGGACGAGGAGCGGCAGCCGCUCCAACAGGACCAGGGGGAAUCAGAGGCUCAACCAGAAGAACUUGAAGCUGAGUGCUGCUGACAUGUACCGCUGGAAACUCUCCUCCCAGGAGCCCUGCAGCAUGACAUGCUCUAUAGGAGUGUCCAAGUCCUUCGCCAUGUGUGUUCGUUAUGACGGCGUGGAGGUGGACGACAUGUACUGUGACGCUCUGACCAGACCGGAGCCUGUGCACGACUUCUGCAUCGGCAGGGAGUGCCAGCCGAGGUGGGAGGCGAGCAGCUGGAGUGAAUGCUCCAGGACCUGCGGAGAGGGUUUCCAGUUUCGUCUGGUGCGCUGCUGGAAGAUGCUUUCCCCCGGCCUGGACAGCUCGGUGUACAGCGACCUGUGCACGCUGGCCGAGCUGGAGAGACCGCCGGAGAGACGGGCCUGCAAGAGCCCCGCCUGCGGCCCCCAGUGGGAGGUGGCCGAGUGGGCCGAGUGUCCAGCUAAAUGCGGCCGCAGGGCUCAGGUGACCCGCGAGGUCCGCUGCUCGGACGAGACCAGAGCGUGUGACCCCAUGACCAAACCGCCUAACAUCAAAAACUGCACCGGCCCGCCCUGCGAGCGCCACUGGACGGUGUCGGAGUGGGGACCCUGCUCGGGCUCAUGCGGCUACGGGAAGAUGGUGCGUCACGUUUACUGCAAGACUCCGGAGGGCCGCGUGGUUCCUGAGAGCCAGUGCUCUCUGGAGAACAAGCCACUGGCCAUCCACCCGUGUGGGGAGAGAGACUGCGCUCCACACUGGCUCGCUCAGGACUGGGAGAAGUGCAACACGACGUGCGGCCGCGGCGUCAAGCGGAGGAUCAUCCACUGCGCCGGCAUCGCCAGCGGAAAGUUCCAGAUCUUCGACGACGAGGCAUGCGGCGGCACGGAGAGGCCCGAGGACGAGAACACCUGCUUUGAGAGACCCUGCUUCAAAUGGUACACCACACCCUGGUCUGAGUGCACCAAGACGUGCGGUGUGGGCGUCCGGAUGCGGGACGUGAAGUGUUACCAGGGCAGAGAGCUGGUCCGAGGCUGCGACCCGCUCACCAAGCCCGUGGCCAAGCAGACGUGUGCACUGCAGCCGUGCCCCACCGAGCCACCAGAUGAGAGCUGCCAGGACCGGCCCACCACCAACUGCUCUCUGGCUCUCAAGGUCAACCUGUGCAGCCACUGGUACUACAGCAAGGCCUGCUGCCACUCCUGCCGCGUGGUGCGACCCUCCAGCUCCUAG